CAUCUCUCGACCAUCAUUUUGACCUUUCUUGAAGGCCGGAAAUUUCGCUCCAACACCGCGCAAUGGCUUACGGUUCUUUUGAUUCAGACAUAAUGGUCACACAACAACUUGCGCCAAAGGAUUGCUUAUCCUCGGCCAACAACCUCUCCCGGUGCUUAAUCGCUCGAGCUAUUGGUCCACACCUUUUAUGGCGUUGACAACUCCGGAACCUAUCCCGUGAUUAUCCCCAUACAAGCGCUAACCUAAAUCAAGUCUACCGACCGCUGAGAUCUGCAAUUUGCGACAGUUAUUACCAGUCCUUCUCCACCUCACCCUGACUUUCAUGCAAGUCAUCACGAGUUGACACAACUUACACACAUUGCGACACCCGAUUGCGCAAUGGCGGUCGUUCCGCCGAGCGAGAAAAGAGUGUACGAGUUCAUCAGUACAGUUGGAAUGAACAUAGACAGACUGCGACAAGGCAUCAAUGCGCUCCGGCAGCUGCACGACCGUUGGACGGGCUGUAAUGAAACAGUUAUCAAUCUCAUAGCACAACUCACGGCUUUGCGAUCGAAUCUGGACAAUGUGCACGAUUGGCUCAACUAUGCGAUCAAUGAUCUGCAUCCCCAGCUUCUCUCCGACUUGGAUGUCUUGAUGGCAUCCUGCGCAUUACUCGUGCGACAUGUGGACCAUUUGAUCGCAAGUCUUCGACAACCGGACCCGGAUGCAGUGGAUUGCGCAGUCAAGCUCAAGUAUGCCGUUGGCGGCCGGUCAAUGGAACGGCUUCGAGACGUCGCUGAGCGACAAUCAGAAUCCGUGCGCAUACUGCUGGCUGCAUGCAAAUGUCACACUACUGCGCAGCGCAAGAUCCUGCUUUACAAGAGUCGCCAGAUCAGGAAGGAGGAUGACCUAUCUAUGAAAGUACUAGCGCGGUCAUCAAAGUGGAAUGGUGGAUGCAUGACAGUCCUUACAGGCGUUUCCAGAGGAAUCCAAGGACUCAGACUAUCCUACCACAAGAAUUUCAAGCGGAAAGAUACCUAUGAGGAACCGACCGAGAAGGACUAUGACAAUGCCGCAGCUGCUAUCAGAUCCGAAGCAAUUGAUCGCGCGUUACAGGAAGACAGCAUGACGCUUCGACGAGAGACAAAACUCAUGCUGAUGGGCCAGGAUAAUAGCGGCAAAGACCUCGUCAUGCAUCAAAUCAAAGUCUUGUAUGCCGAGGGCUACUAUUCACCAGAAGACCGCAUGAGGUUUCGAGACGCCGUGCGCUCUACGAUGCGCCUGCUCAUCCACUCUAUCAUUGACCUGCUGAAGGACACCGGUAUCAACCUGCCUACGGCCCUGAGUCAUGACUUUGCUAUCUUGCUGGACGAAGUGGACUUGGUUGACAUGUACCGCAUUACAAAUGAAGCCGCAGCUGCUGUACGAAAUCUGUGGGUCAGCGCUGAGUUCUCAGCAAUGUACCUCAAGAACUUCGAGAUCGAUUUCCCACAAUAUGCGCCCUACUUUGCCCAGGAGGUUCAGAGAAUCGCCUCAGAAGACUACAUACCUACAGAAGCAGACAUCAUCCGUCUUAAUCAGUCAAUCGAAGGCAUCAAGGAGCUACGCUUCAAUUGGGAUGAACUGGACGUCCACCUCUUCAACAUCAAUGGCUAUAUCCCAGACCAAUUCCGCAAACGCUGGUUCCACCAAUUCGACAGCGCCACAUCACUCGUCUACACUGUCGACGUCUCGCUCUACGACCGGCCUUUCUACGGCCAAACAACAAAGUCGCAACUUCUAGACGAUUUCGCCAGCUUCGAGUCCUGGGCCACAUCCCCCAAAUUCGCUGACUCCGCCGUCAUCCUCCUACUCAACAACUUCACCCGUUUCCGCGACAAACUGCGCUACUCGCCACUUGAAACCCUCUUCCCAGACUACAUACCCAACGCCACUGAUCCGGACAGCUCAGCGCGUCAGUACAUUCUCAAGCAGUUCAAAGAUAUCAACCGCAACCGGCUAUCUAUCUAUUCAUUCUGGGUCGAUCUUGAUAUGAGCGAUAACCAGCACCUAUAUGCUGCGCUCAAGAAGACAUUGCAGCACAUUCAACAGCGUAAAGCGAGGAGUGAGGUAUGGCAGGAGAGCGAGUCGAGUACGAGUUCUGGGACAGGGCUUACGAGGAAGCUGACGAAUAGUCGGCUGAAUUUGCGGUCGAGGAGCGGGUUGAAGCUGGAGGGCUUGUUAUCGAAGAGGUCGGUGGAUAGUGAGUUUUCAUGAUAAUCUUUCUGACAAACCGGGCGGUUGCAUAAGGUACAGUAAUGGUCUUUGGUUUCAUGGUUUGCGUGCUGUUUGGCGUUUUGGAUGCAAGAUACCAUAUGGGGUAGCACUUUGAGCUACGAUCGUGGCUGGGACAACGAGGUGGUACGCAUAUAUUAUGAUACACACGGCCGAGGUAGCGCAGUAAUAGUAAUGUAGGAACUUGGGAGCUGUUAAGAAGAAUCUAUAGUAUUAUUGGUAG